CUGUUCAAUAGUUGUUCAAUUGAAUAUUGAAUAAAUAAAAAAGUAAAAAUAAAUAUGAUAAUUUAUAAUGACAACAGUUGAUGUCAUGGAGAUAUUGAUCGGCUUGUUCAACAUGCAGGUGGGUGUUACACCAGGCCACAACAUUUGUAAACACCUGCCUUACUAGUUCAGUUAUUUUUUCGACCCUUUUUUUUAUAACUCCAGUCGCACAUGGCCAAUGAUACCAUGAACACAACAGCGUGAAAGUUAUCAAUAAAAUAUAUAUCAAUUUACUAAAUAUGUUUAAAUUAUUUGAUAGAAAAUCUGAUGAAGUUAAGGAGAAAAUUAAUGAUGAUCAUACUGGUGUUAGUUUUACAAGUAAAAUGGGAAAAUUAUUUCGUUCAUUAACUAAAAAUUCAAAUCUCAGUCAAUCACGACAACAAUUAAAUUCUGAAAUUGAAGAAAUUGAUGUUGAAAGUCAAAAUUACAUUGAUCAUAGAAAAAGUCUUGAGACAAAAAUUGAUGAAGAAAUUGAUGUUAAAAUUGAUGAUGAUAUUGAAAUUAAAUCAGCAGCUAAAAAAAUACGUAAAUUAAGAAAAACAGAUAAUGUUAAAUCAAGUGAAAUGGAUAUUGUUGUUGUUGAUGUACAUCGUGAAAAUAUUGGUGAUAAUAAUAAUGAUGAAAGUGAUGAAAAAAUAAUUGAAACUGUUGAAAAUAUUGAUGAAUAUAAAAAUGAUAAACAAGUAAUUUUAUCACCACAUGAUAUCUCAAUUGAUUCUGUUAAAAAACAAAGAAAAAGAUGGUCUAAAACAAGUAUUGUCAUGCCACCAAAAAGAAGUUCAAUUUUAUCAAAUGAUUCAGUCAAAAAAAGUCCAAUUAAAAAUAAUUUUAGUGGCACAAAACCAAUUGCUGCACCGAGAAAUAAUAAAGAAAUUAAUUUAGAUAAAUUACAUGAUGAUUAUGGUGUUGGUAAUGAGGGUUUUGAGUACGAUGAUGAUAAUGAUGAUGAUCGUGAUGAAGAUGAACAAAUAUUAACAAUUGAAACUGAAACAGGUAAAACAAAAAUUGAAAUAUCAUCAAUGAAAAAUACAACUGAAUUAUCUGAUAAUUCAUUUAAAAAUAUAUCUGAUAAUUCUGAUAAUGAAAAUAUCAUGAUUAUGACACCAAAAGAAUCUAUAAAUUUUUCUAAUGAUGAUAUUAUUGAUUUAGAAAAUUCCGACAGUAGUUUAUCAUCAAAAAAAACAAAAAUACAAACAUAUAAAAUGAAAAAGCUAAUAAAUACAUCUAAAAAAUCAUCAAGUUCUUUGAAUUCUGGUAAAUCAUUUCAAUCGGAUGACACAAAAUCAUUAUCAGAUGUUAAAAAAUUUUCAAGAGCUCAAAUAUCAUCAACAGAUGAUGAAAAAUAUAAAUCUAAAAAGAAAAAAUUACAUAAAAAUAUUAGCAAAAUAGAAACAUCAUCAAGCAAAGAUUCAACUGAUAAUAAAAAAUUAACAAUAAAAAAGAAAAAAAAACGUAAAUUAAAACAAAAUAAUAAUGAUGAUGUUGAAAAAUUUAUUUCAAUUAUAAUUCAUAGAGCUGAUAUGAUAGAGGUUGAUUAUGUUACAAGGCAUCCAAUGGUAAUUGUUCACAUUGUUGAUAUUAAAACGGGAAAUUAUCUUAAAAAAAAUGACGAUAAAAAUAUAAAAGAAUUUUAUUUACAACCAUUGAUAACAGCAAUAUUUGAUUUUAAAGAAAAUAAAACAAUGGUACCACAUUGGAAUGAAGAAUUAAUAUUUGAACAUAAUUUUAAUGACAUAAUGGAGCCUGAAAAUAAUCAAGUUAUAAUAUUAUUUGAAAUUGUUGAUUUACUUAAUUCAUCAGAGAUCAGUCAAGCACAUGAUCAAUAUGGUGGUGAAAAUUGUUGGUACAAAAUAGCAUGGGCAUUUUUAAAACCUUGUGGUAAUUCAGGUAAACGUCAUAUUGAUAAACAGGUGCGAUUGCAGCUUUACAGACCAAAAAGAGUAGCUAAAAAAAUACCAAGAAAUAAAUGCGAGGCAUAUAGCUGGUGGAAAACAGGAUCCAGAGAUAAAUAUCCAAGUACAAUUUACGUGACAGUAUCAUCAGUUGAUCCACCAAAACUUGAGCCAAUUUUAUACAGUCAAAUGGAUUUAUCAGAUGUGAUAAAUUCUCCAGUUGAAUCAUCACUACCAUCAAAUAUUAAUCAACAAGAAACAAUAAAUAUAUCUCGUUGGACACGUCUUGCUGCACAAUCAUGUAAAAUUCCAAAUGAACAUUAUUUUCAAACUGAAACAACUGAAAAUGGUUGUUUUUAUGUUGUCUUCAGUAACAAUGGUAAAUAUCUUGCAUGUGCUAAUUCUGAAGAAUACAAUUAUCCCAUUAUAAUUUACAAUAUGGAAGAUGGAAAAAUUAUCAUUAAAUUUAAUGGACACAAGAGUUUUAUUUAUUCUCUUGAUUGGUCACCAGAUGACAAUAUUAUUUUAUCAGUUUCAUCUGAUCAAACAGCUCGUCUUUGGGAUAUUAAAUCUCGUCUUAUUCAAGAAAUCAACAUGCUACCACAUCCUUCAUAUGUUUAUUGUGGAAAAUUUGAUCCAAUUAAUCCAACUAGAAUAGCAACUGGUUGUUAUGAUAAUGUCAUAAGAAUAUGGAAAUAUAAUAACAAUAAAUCACAUGAUUUAAUUCAAGAACUUGAAAAUCAUGAAGGUUUUGUUAAUUCAAUUUGUUUUAAAAAUGAUGGUACAUUAUUAUCAGCUGAUUCAGUUGGUAUUAUAAUACAAUGGGUAUCUAAAAAAAAUAAAAAAACACAUACAAAUGAUUUUUUGAUAUCUAAAAAAAUUAAAAUACGAGAAAUAAAUAAUAUUGUUAUUAAUGAAAUUUUUUUACAUCCAUUGGGCUCAAGAUUAUUUGUUCAUACACGUGAUUCAAAUUUACGAAUGUUGGAUUUAUCAACUGGUGUUGUAUUAAAAAAAUAUGAUGGUUUUAAAAAUUUUAAAAUACAAACAACAUCAAGAGUAUCACCAUGUGGUGGAUUAUUAUUAUGUGGUGAUGAAGAUGGUAUAUUAAAUAUAUGGAAUAUUGAAUCGGGAAAAAAAAUUGCAUAUUAUCAUACAGAACCAAAGUCAUUACCAAUAUCAUGUGUUGAUUAUCAUCCUUAUGAUCAUGUUAUGGUUUAUUCAACAUUUGGAGGUUCUUCAUCAGCAAUGAUAUUACGAUAUGAAAAAAAUUCAAAUGGUAAAAAUACUGGUUUAAAAUUGCUUAAUGAUGAAGACAAUAUUUAUCCUGAUUCUUGGAGGGAUGAAUUGUUGGAUUGUGAAACGAAAAAUGAAGUGAAAUCUAGAAGAUCAUCAUUGGCGUCUUCCAGAUGGCGAGGUGAAGUGACAACAAGACAAGAGCCUGAACAAGAUAGACAAAAUUUAAAAUUACGAAUGAAAAUAUUUAAUGAUGCCAAUGAACCAUUAAAGACUAAAAGUGCUAAUAGAUUAACUAGUAUUAUUGCAAAAAUUGAUAGAAUAUUGUCGAAUAAUUCAACAGCAAAAUUGUCAUAUGAUAUUGAGGCAAAUCGUUUUAAUAAAUCCAUUGAAACUAUCAGUAAAUUUGUUGAUAAAGGACAACAAUUUGAUGAUAAAUAUAGUCGUUUUGUUGAUGAUGAAGAAUCAAAUAUUUUAACUCCAUAUGUUCCACCACUUUUUAGUACGUUUGAAGGUAACUCUGUUAAUUCAACAAGUGAUUCUAGAACAGAAAUAAUUGAAAUGAAAAAUUUAGAAAGAAUAAAACAUACAAAUAAAAAAGGUAAAUCAAAAAGUGCUAGAGAAAAAAUUUUAAUCAAUGAUUAUUAUCAAGAUGAUGAGAGAGAAAUUAAUUUUUCUGAUGGUAUUGUUCAAAUGAAAAAUAAAAAAAAAUUAACAGAUAAUAAUUUUAGUAAAAAGACAUUGUUAACAAGAGUUGAGGGUAAAAAAAAUUUAACAAGAGAAAGUAGAUCAAAUAGUGCUGGUACAUAUAUUGUUGAUGUUGAUGAUGAUGAUAAAAAAAAUAUUGAUGAAUCUGAUGAUUCUAUCAAGAGCAAUGUUACAUUUGUCAUUGAAAAUGAAAAAGCAAAAAAGCCUGUACCAAAACCAAGAAGAAUUAAAUAA